UUUAUAUUCUCGAGAAGACUGGAAACCAACAGUCUUGUUGUGUCGUAGAAGUUAAUUUAACAAAUGAUAAAAAUUUAUUUGAACAUGUUCUCAGUAGUUGUACGCAAUGCGAACGUGGACAGUUACUUCUAAACUCCCCUAAGCGCUCCGUGGUGGAUUCUACCGUUUUCCCGCAACAAGGUGGAUUUUCAACUCGCUUUUGAAUUUAGCUUGAGCUGUCAUUGAUAUAAGGACGAAGGCUCGGUGGCGAAAGCAGACGCAGUUAAGGAACAGUAACCCAGAGAGUUACAGAUUUCGUCAACUCACUGUUGUUGGAUUAUUGAACGGUUAACGGCAUACAUGUACAACUACGGAAAUCUAGGCAGAGGAAUCGACCGGACCUUCCCAGAUAACAGCUCUGGAUCAGGAUCGAGCUCUGCGUCCGUCACUAGGUCAACCUCUGUGACAUCUCAACAACAACAGCAGAAGUAUUCUGUGGCAGGAUCCAGUCAUUUUGUGCCCAGUCUCAAUGCUAUAACUUCAAACCAGGACCUUCAAUGGAUGCUUCAGCCCUCUCUUAUGGGCACCCCGGGGCCAUCCAGGGGACUGCGACCCUCUUACCCCCUUCCACCAAGAGUACCAUCCAUGAAUCCUCAACCCACCCAUUCACAUCUAUCCCGACCAGGUGUUAUAAGAGCACCUAUAGGGAUUGGAAGCUCAACACAAAGCAGACCUGAUGACCAUCUAUCUCACGAGGAGCUUGAGAGGCGCAGAAUUAGAAGAGAACGAAACAAAAUGGCUGCGGCCAAGUGCAGGAAUCGUCGACGGGAACUGACCGACACAUUGCAGAGUGAAACUGACCAGCUGGAGGAUGAAAAAUCACAUCUGCAGAAGGAGAUCGAUAAUCUUCAGAAGGAAAAAGAGAAGCUAGAAUUGGUACUCGAGGCCCACAGACCCAUCUGCAAAGUCCAGGACUCGGACUCUGAUUCUGACUGCAACGCUGACCUCCCUGGCCUUAGUGGAAUCAAGAUCGAGCCCGUGGACCCAGAUCUUCCCGGACCUUCUGGAAAAUCAAAAAGUCACAUUAAGCCUUAUAAACCCAAGCCCAAAAUAACCAUCCCGCCUCCACCUUCUGUUGCCAGCGCACCCAUGGAAUCUGAGCCUCUUCAUACCCCUAUCCUCAUCUCUACUCCUUCUCUUACUCCUUUUACAGCCAGUCUGAUGUUCAGCUAUCCCUCUUCUUCACUAGAUACCAGCUCUGCCGCUUCAUCUCACAUAUCUGCCUCUCAGCAAGGUAUCAGCCACACUCAAAACCCGCAGCCGUGUAGCAUUGCUCACCGUCGUAGCAGCAGCAGUGGCGAUCAGUCAGAUCAUUCUCUUAAUUCACCAACCAUCCUCACCCUUUGAUAACUCAUCUGCUACAUGUGAAACAAGUGUUUUAGUUGUCCAUAAGUGUCCUUACUGGCUAACUAAGUACAACAAUUAAUGAUUGAACGGUAUUGUGUUUGAUUUCAAUAAUAGGAAUAAUGAACACAAAUGCAAUAUAAGAGGCGCACAUAAGUUAAAUGUAAAACGUAUCUUGUGAAAGAAUGAUCUGACCAAUGGCGGAUGGAGAGAAUUGCCAGGAAGCUUGGUUUGGUGAUGAUAGUGGCGGAGAAAUUUUCCUCUUAACCUUUCAGACAUGAAUAUGUUUUGUAAAGUUAGAUGUGAAGGAAUGUUUCAUGUGGUGUGAAAGACUGAAAGCAUUUCAUCACUGUCCUGUUAUGUAACACAGGAAGAAUGACUGACUUUAAAGGCCUUAAAAUUUGACUGUAUUAGCAUUCAUAAUAGUAUUAUUGGAAUAUCCAUUUACUUCACAUAUUUAUUUCAUAUAGAUUGGUGGUGGUACUGUUCCAGUAAAAUGUCUGGCCUGGAAGUAAGCUGUUUAGUGUUUGCUGUGGGAACUAGUUAGUUUUUGUAAGCACAAUCCAGAUCUAUCAGUAUCCGUCUCUUCAGGAAGGGAUGUGAUUUGUGUACUUUGGCUAAGCAGAAGUGUGUUCCAAACAGAAAGUUAUUUAUUGUUUUUUACAAAUAAAGAAAUGGCAGAGCCACAAUUAGAGACAGUAUAAUAGUAUAAACAGAAUAAAAUUAUUUUUGUUUUGUUACUCAAUGUUUUUAAAUAAUACGAAGUUAUACAUAUUGUUAAUAAGCUAGUUCUAAUGAAACUGCAGGGAAACUGCACUCUACCUGUUUUCAACAUAACACUGGGAAUGUGCACUUCAAUGAGUUUCCCGUUACACUGGUUGCAUAGUUACAUGUUAACUGAAAAUGUUACUCCACAUCACAGUACAGCAAAGUUGUAUUAUGUUCACAGGCCAGUAUAGGUAAUCUAUUAAGAUCUACACUUUAUGCUAAACAAAGUACACUUUGUUAGACUCUACCAAGGCUUGACCACAAAGUAUAGAUUUGUAUUUAUUUUUGAAAACAGUGUAUUUUUUAAAUGAUACUUUAUACUGAUAUGUUUGUUCUUUCAUAUUGAGGACUGUUUCAUGCUAUUUAUUGUCUAAUAAACAGUCACUGAAAGUA